CAUUUUCACUCCUGAACUCUUGGUAUAAAAUGGUCAUCUAAGAAAGAACUGAUCGGAAAUGUGAGAAAUUUGGCACUAAAACUGCAUAAUUGCAUGUAAGUGCUGAAAGAAAAAAAUGAUCAGUCUGUUCAGAUUAAACUUCAUUUUAAUUAUUUGGAUCUCAACAAUGCACCUGUGGGGGUGUUACCCAACUGUCCCUUCUACGCUGUCCAGGAAAUCUGAUUACUGUCUCAUCCUGCUGAAUAGCUGCUUAGCCAAGCUGGACGGGAGUGAAGAAUUGACUUUUCUAAAACCUUUCCUGGAGAAGUCUUUCAUUAAAAGGUCCUUUCGCAAUGGAGUUGGAUCAGGAAUUAAAAAAACUUCCUUUCAAAGAGCAAAAUAAUAAAUAACUGCUCAAGAAAGUAUCCUCAACUUUAGCAUCUAACAUUUAACUGUGAGCUUAAAAUAAUUUGCAAUGCAUUUCUGUGAUAAAACCAAAAGAGACAAAUGUAUCAGCAUGUUCAUAAUGUAAACAGAUGUUUAUUUCAAAUAGUGCAAGCCAAGUGAAGCAGAUUAAAUUGUUCGGUACAGGCAUUGUUUUCAAAGUUACAAUAUCAUAAAGUUUUGUAUUGAUACAAAUGUGUUUUCAGCUGGUUAAUUCCCCAUUUGUAAGACUACAGAUUUAAUCAGAUUGCUCUUGAUUAACACAAAAAUAGUUCUGUGCUUUGAAAGCAUGCACACAUGCAACCGAUCUUGAGGAUGGCAGCAUUAUAUCCUACAUAUGCUCAUCUUUGGUCUAAAAGAUAUCCUUAUGGUUAAUGCAGGGCAUAGCUUCACUUUAUUAGCCUGAUUAUCAUUUACAUGAAGACCACUUUACACCACUCUGGUAAUAUAAAGAGGGUCUUAAAAUGUAAUUUAAGACAUCUUUACACUGCUCUAGAGGUGUAAAGGGCCAUUUGUGAAAAAGAAUCAGGCCCUAUGUUUACACUCUAAUUUAUUUUUAAUAUAGUUAUCUAAAAUGACUUCAGCAGGAAGUAAUCUCUUGAGAUGGCAUUUCAUUUUCAGGAGUGUCCUGGGAAAUCAUUCAAAGUCACUGUAGCAGUGCAUGUCCCUUUGCUUCAAUUAAUCAAUUAAUGUAGGCAACAAACAUCUGAUGAUAUCUGCCAAAUGUAGGUCUUGCCUAUUUUCUGCUGUUAUGGUUGUGCUCUAAUGAACAGUGGUCCAUUUUUGUUUUUUCUUUGCUGUAAAGUAACUGGAUAGAUGUUUGUUCUCAAAAUAUUGUAGAUUUUGUCAGCUGGAAAGGUCAUCUGAAGAGUUACAUUAUUUGUGUGAAUUUUACCUUGUGGCCAUUUCCUUCAAAAAGUGAUGUAACAAACUCUGAAUGUUGGCUUAAAAAUGUAGCAAUGUGUAUUUGU